AGAGAGGUUUGAGUUCGGGUGAUGGGGUCGUCUUCAGGUCACGCUAACAGUUACGAUUACUCAUUCAAGAUCUUGCUGAUCGGUGAUUCGGGGGUCGGUAAGAGCAGUCUUCUUGUCAGUUUCAUCUCCAACUCCGUUGAUGAUCUCUCUCCCACCAUUGGUGUGGAUUUUAAGAUUAAGCAACUCACAAUUGGUGGGAAGAGAUUGAAGCUUACAAUUUGGGAUACAGCUGGACAGGAGAGGUUCAGAACAUUAACGAGCUCGUACUAUAGAGGUGCCCAAGGGAUCAUUCUUGUGUAUGACGUCACACGGCGAGAAACCUUUACAAACUUGUCAGAUGUAUGGGCAAAGGAGAUAGAGCUUUACUCCACUAAUCAGGGUUGUAUAAAGAUGCUUGUUGGGAAUAAAGUUGAUAAGGAAACUGAACGGGCUGUUACUAAAGAAGAGGGAAUGGCUCUCGCACAAGAGUAUGGAUGCUUAUUUUUGGAAUGUAGUGCGAAAACUAGGGAAAAUAUCGAAAAAUGCUUUGAAGAACUUGCUUUAAAGAUAAUGGAGGUCCCUAGUCUGCUGGAAGAAGGAUCGACUAUAGUAAAGAGAAACAUUUUAAAACAGAAACCAGAAUAUCAGGCACCUCCUAGCAGUGGUUGUUGCUCUUGAGCAGCUGUUCAAGGCCCUACGUAAAAAAAAUUGACCUAGAAAUCAAAUCAAAGGUUCCCAGACGGUGUAACUAACAGGCAUUGGACAAUCAGAUCCAUGCAAAGACCCUUUGUGAUCCAGUGAUGUAAAUGAUGAUUCUGUUCUGUUAUUCUAUUAUCUUUCUGUGAAUUGUUGGGGCAUCCAUUGCUCUUCUUUUGCUGUAUCUUCUUUCCUAUCAAUGUUGUAGAUUUGAGA